AUGAAAGUAGAUGCCAGUUCCAUUGCUUUGCCCCUUUCUAUUAUGUUACGCUCAUCUACCUCAGGUCGAGCUGCUGGAAAAAAAGAAAGGCUUUUUGAUUCCAACCAAAUAACUAAGAAUAUCUUAGAAAAUGAAGUGGCUGAUGCAUCUUUGCCAUUCAGAAGGAAAGUAUGGGCUAGUUGCACCCCCUCAGGUCGAGCCGGCGAACUUCUGGGAUAUCGUUGGCAAAGGGGGAAGUUAUUUUCACCCGAACUGACUGAAUUCAAGACUUCAUCUAGGUCGAUUGAGAAAGUUCAGCAGGUUAGAAAGAAUCCGUUCCAUGGCGGUUUUCUUCAACUAGUGCCCCUUCUCUUGCGCGCCGUGCUCCGCUUGAAGAAGCUUAACAAGGGCUUGACGGGGGCUUGCCGAAAGAAUGGCUGCUGUGGGAACUCCGACCAAGUAGGCCAGUGA